UGUCGCCGGGGCUGCCGGGGCGUGGGGAUCGGGAACGCGCGCAGCCGCGCGCGGCCGUUGGGAACGCGCUUCUCGGGUCGCGCGCUCAGAAACUCAGCCCAAGUGGAAACCACCUAAAGCCCAGCGAGGGAGGACCUCGUGGAGCAUGAAGAGGCAGAAGGCCUCCUCGGAGCGGAAACAGGCGCGGAUGCAGUCGGGGAAGGCCGGAGCAGAAAAUGGAUUUCUAAUGGAAGUGUGUGUGGAUUCAGUAGAAUCAGCUGUGAAUGCAGAAAGAGGAGGUGCUGGUCGAAUUGAAUUAUGUUCUAGUUUAUUGGAUGGAGGAACCACACCCAGCAUGGGUGUCCUUCAAGUAGUCAAACAAUGUGUCCAGAUUCCAGUUUUUGUGAUGAUUCGGCCACGAGGAGGAGAUUUUUUAUAUUCAGACCAUGAAAUUGAGGUGAUGAAGACUGACAUUCGUCUUGCCAAACUGUAUGGUGCUGAUGGUUUGGUAUUUGGGGCAUUGACUGAAGAUGGACAUAUUGACAAAGAGCUGUGCACAUCUCUUGUGGCUAUUUGCCGCCCACUGCCAGUCACCUUCCACCGAGCCUUUGACAUGGUUCGUGAUCCAGUGGCAGGUCUGGAGACCCUCUUAACCCUGGGAUUUGAACGAGUAUUGACCAGUGGAUGUGACAGUUCAGCACUAGAAGGAUUACCCCUAAUAAAGAGGCUUAUCGAUCAGGCAAAAGGCAGAAUUGUGGUAAUGCCAGGAGGUGGCAUAACAGACAGAAAUCUGCAGAGGAUCCUUGAGGGGUCAGGUGCUACAGAAUUCCACUGUUCUGCUCGGUCAGCCAGGGACUCAGGAAUGAAGUUUCGAAAUCCCUAUGUUUCCAUGGGAGCCUCAGUUUCUAAUUCAGAAUAUUCUCUAAAGGUAACAGAUGUGACCAAAGUGAGGACUUUGAAUGCUAUUGCCAAGAAUAGCCUGGUGUAGCAGACCCCUCUGAGCAACGUGGACAUUACAGGAUGAAGGGAGAAGUGUUGGCUACAGUUCUUCAUGA